AACAUGCCCAUGCACGCUCCAAAACCUCACACACACACAGUCUUAUCGAUCGCAUAGAAAGAGACGUACGCGACGCUAUAAACAGCAGUUCAUUUUCAGAGUUCCACCAAGCAGCACACAAAGCGAUUGAAUUUAAAAUAAAAGCACAGGCACUUGAAUAAACAGCCGUCAUCAUGAAAAUUUUCGUUGCACUCGCUCUCUUCGCGUGCCUCGGCUCCCUUGCCCAGGCCGUUGAUAACGAAUACUGUCAGAACACCGUAAUCACCGCGUGCUCUUCGUCAGCCUUCUCGGGCAACUCCAUUUGUAAUGCCCGUUUCGCUGGCAUUGACCACAUUGAGCCCGAGAUCCAGUCCUACAUCAACGCCAACUUGGCCAAGUCGUACGACUACCUCCUGCUGGCCACCCACUUCAACUCCUACCAGAAGAACCGUCCCGGCUUCCAGAAGCUGUACCAGGGACUCUCUGACCGUUCCUUCGAGGACAGCAUUGCCCUGAUCAAGCAGGUGACCCGUCGCGGAGGUAUCGUGGACUUCAACACCCGUCACGAGUCUUCCGGCUCCGUGAACACCAAGCGCGGCACUCUGGAGGUCGACGAACUGCACUCCCUGGCUCUGGCUCUGGACACUGAGAAGCAGCUGGCCACCGGAGCCACCCACGUGCACUCCCGUGCCACCCACGCCACCGACGCCGAUAGGGAUCCCGAGCUGGCCCACUACUUCGAGGAGAACUUCCUGGGCAAGCAGGCCGAGAGCGUGCGCAAGCUGUCCGGCUAUGCCAACGACCUCGCCAAGCUGAUGAAGGUCCCCGACCCAUCCCUGUCCGUCUACCUGUUCGACGAGUAUCUGCAGAAGCAGUAAGAAGUGGAGACCACCCCCCCUUCUCCUCCACCCAACACGCUCCUACACUGUCCCCUCAAAAUUGCUCUCAUAAUUCCCUUAUAAAUUAAUUUGUUUCCUUGGUUUGUUCAUCAAUAAAUCGCAGUGCAGCAGCAGCAUUAUCAAAGCAGCCACAAGUGAAUGAUUUACACCGCGAAGUUCACCUUGAUUUACCAGCACACCAGAUUGUGAUAAUGUUAUCAUAAAUAAGUUAGCCAGUUCGCCCCAGCAAAUGUAUCUUUAGCCUGUACGUUACCGCUUGAACAAAUAAACACAUCAAAGUAACUAAUUAUCAACUAGUAAAA